AUGACUCGAUUUCUUGCAGUUCACGAUUUCCACGGUCUCCCUGUGACACGUUUUGACACGGCACAUCGAAUUAACCGUAUAGCUUUUGGCGAUGAUUUUCCGGGAAAACAAUAUCCAUUGGACGGAAAAAAUGUCGAUGAUGGUAAACCCGCUAUCAUGCACAAUUACUACUUAAACGUCGUUCCAACUAGAUAUGCCUAUAUGGACGGCCGAAUAGAAAACAGCCAUCAAUUCUCAGUCACAUCGUACAAAAGAGACAUAGCGAUUGAGGGAGCAAUUGGCGUUCCAGGGUUCGUUGUUCAAUAUGACUUUAGUCCACUGAUGAUCCAGCGUGAAGAAAAGCGACAGCAACUCGUCACUUUCUUGGUAUCACUCUGUGCCAUUAUCGGAGGAGUCUAUGCCGUUUCACAACUGAUUGUCACAAUAAUUUAUCAUUGCUUCCGGGUUAUCGAGGAAGAACUGCGCUUAAAUCCUGUAGGAUUUCAUUAG